AUGAGCAGGAGUCUGCUUACGUAAAAUGGGAAAAUAUCUUCCGAUUUGUUUGCUAGUGGUUCUUCUGCUGGGCAUAGAAACCUCCACCAUUGAGGGUGCCAAUAUCCUAGGAGUAUUCAGCAGUUACAGUCCCUCCCAUGUGAUCGUGCACUUGGCUGUGGUGAAGACUCUGGCAGAUCGGGGUCACAACGUCACUGUGUUGACCCAGAUGGCGCCCAAGUUUGAGCCACACGAAAACGUCACGGUGAUUGUGGCAGCACCCUCGCCCGAACAGCAGAGCAUCACCAAGGAAUAUAUGGCACGAGUGUCCAGCGAGAAGGAAUCUAUGUGGAGCUUUAUGACUAAUUUAUUUCUGCGGCCCAGUCCCGUGCUGAAUGGACAAUACGAGUGGACGCUGCAUCCCAAAAUAAAGGCCAUCUACGAGAAUCCCCAGACCAAGUACGAUCUGGUGAUUUUGGGUCUGAUGCUCAACGAUUUCCAACUGGGCUUUGCGGCUAAACUUCGCUGUCCGGUGAUCAUGACGUGGGUGGGAGUGCCCAUGCCUUCGAUGGAUUCGCAGGUGGCAAAUAUUGAUGAUCCGUCAUUUGUGCCCAGUCUGAAUGUGGCCCUCGAACCAGGGAAACUCUCCAUGGGCUUUCGCUUGCGUUGCGUCAACUUCAUCACACACUCUUUCCUGAGUACUAUAAAUGUUUUAAUGAGCCACAAGAUGCAGGAGUUUUACAACCAAGCUUUUGGCAAGGAUUCAGGUCCGGACUUUCCUUCAUACUACGACAUGAAGCGACGCAUUUCCUUGCUGUUCUACAAUUAUCAUGCACCCAGCGAGGGUCCCAUUCGGCCCACAGUCCCGCAAUCCAUUGAAAUUGGAGGGAUACAGGUGAAGGAGAAGCCUGAUCCUCUACCUAAGGACUUGGCUGAGUUUCUCGACAACGCCACAGACGGAGCCAUCUUCUUUAGUCUUGGCACCAAUGUCAAAUUCACUGGCAUUCGUCCUCAGAGCGUAGAGUUUUUGUACAAGGCGCUUUCCAAGCUGCCUCAGCGUGUGGUAUGGAAGUGGGAUGACAUGGAGAAUACACCAGGAAAUGCUUCAAAUAUUUACUUUGGUAAUUGGCUACCCCAAGACGACAUCUUGGCGCAUCCAAAGACGCGACUCUUCAUCACCCAUGCGGGAAAGGGUGGGAUUGCCGAGGCCCAGUACCAUGGAGUACCCAUGUUGGCUUUUCCAAUAUUCGCCGAUCAGCCGGGAAAUGCAGAAAUGAUGGUGAAAUCGGGUUUUGGACUCCAUCUCGAUAUCCUUACUCUCACAGAAGAGAUUUUGGAGAAGACCAUUCGGGAGCUCUUGCUGAAUCCAUCGUACCGGGAGAGUGUGGGCAGAUUCUCAGCAUUGUAUCGCGAUCGUCCGCUGACUGCUCGCCAAUCGGUGGUCUACUGGACUGAGUAUGUACUCCGUCACCAGGGCGCCUAUCACCUGCAGAGUCCGCUGCUCCACAUGAACUUCGUCGCACGCCACAAUCUGGAUGUCUACGGAAUAGUUUUGGUAUUUGCUUUGGUGUCUCUGCUGAUACUACGCAUGUUAUUCCGAUUUGUAUUUCGCAAAGUUUUAAGAGUUCUGCGUGGCCACUCUUAUCGGACAAAAGCCUCAAAAAACAAACUUAAAGAUAAGAUAUUAUAAUCAACCUCUCUCUGGUGCAAUUCUAGUUCAAAAGGUGAAAGAGUUAUUGCAUAAAAUGAGUCAGUAAUUACUAGAGCUAAGUAAUACAUAUCAUUUAUAAUGAAAUAAUAUUAAUUGACAAACGUAACCUGAGUACACAUGUGCCAAGUUCAGCGGCCAACGAAUUUAGUCAUCAAAUCACAGUAUUUUUAUCAUAUUCGUAGAAUAAUAAUUUCAACAGGAGAGUGCUCAAAUAAAGUGCCUAAAAAAACAUUGGAUAAUGAUUAAUUAGAGAGUCGACUAUGGCAAUUCCCUGCCAAAUCGUUUACUUAAUUUUACUAGAUUUUUGUACUACUAUGAAAGAAUUUGACUGGACGUUUAAAAUUGUAAAUGGAAAAUUCUUUUAUCACUCGAACUUAUG